AUGCUGUGGAGAGAGGACUCCAGGCUAGCCUGGUUUCAUAGUUCUCAGCCAAUGACAAGAAGUCGAUCCUCUGAAUUGCAGAGGAGAUAUGCUGCCAUGCAAACAACUCAAAAAACACUAGGUGUGGAAGCUAUGCACAAUGCUUUGCGGUAUGGCCCCAACGAAAUGAAGGAAGAAUUUUCAAAUCCAAAUAAUUUCACUGAUCUUCCUAUGUGUGAGACUCCCAAUCAAAUAGGCUCAUUUGCGUCUUCAUCCAAUUCAUCCUCAUCUACAUUCAACAUGCUGCAAACGGGUACUAUAGAUCAAGUAUCCUCUAUUGUAAGCAUGCUAAAGGGUACCAUAGAACACAAGAAACUCAGCAAUCAGAUUGAGAAAGAAGCUGUUGAAGAAAGCUCAAAUGGGGUUUAUCAUCCAGCUCAAGAAGCUACAGUUCAUACUAGUUUUAGUGAAGGACAUGUGAAUCAAAUUCAUGAAAUGCCAGGAACUUUUCAAGAAUUGUCUGCUGGCCAAGUGAAGAAUCCUGCAGUUUUACAAGGAAUUCAAGGAUCUUUGGAGAUUGACUUUGAAGGUUUUGUAAAUCCAACACAUACAAUUCACAUGAGCACAGUUUCUCGGGAACCUUCACAGAGUGAAUCUUCUGCUGUUGCACCAUUAAUCUCAUCUGGUUUUGAAGUAUGUGAUGGUCUUAGCAACUCCUGUCAAACUCUAAGCAUCUGUGAAAGCUCAAGGAGACAAGCUGAAAAUUCUAGAAGCAUGGAUAAUGGCUCCAGAGCAAAAGAUAUCCGAGGACGAAUAAUUGACAAUUUGAAAGAUGACAGGAAGAGGGGAGAACUAAUUCAAUGUGGAUCUAUGACUUCAGCUGGUUCAGCAGACAAAGGAGAUCCCACAAAAAGGCGUAGGGUUGAGCGGUCGAGAAAGAUGGCAGAGGCAAAGGAAAGGAAUUUGACACCAGCAAUUCCAUCUGAUAUGCAGUCAGUUCUGAAAAGGUGUGAAAAUCUUGAAAAGGAAGUACGAUCGCUCAAACUUAACCUGUCUUUCAUGAACAGGAAGGAUUCUGAACAGACCAAACAGAUAGAAGAACUUCAGAAGCAAAACAAAGAUUUGGUAGAUGAAAAGAGGCGUCUCCUGGGAGAGAUCGAGCGGAUCAUCUCAGAAACGGGAAAGAUGUAGAACUGAUUUAUAUUAGUCACUUUUCCAGCUCUUGGUAUGUUUUGGCAACAAGAAAAUUAUUGGUAACAAUGUCAAAGGUCCUAAAGAUCCACUUCAGGCACCAAUUGAGAAUCAGCAUGCAAUUGAGUAAGCAGACGAAAGAUUGGAGGCCUUCCCGUGAUGUACGUAUCUGUAGAGGCAGAGUGACUUGCUUGGUAUACACAUGUAAAGAAAGCCCAUAUGGGUAGUAAUCCAAUUUCUAACUUUGGUUAUGGUAGAAAUUGAGAAGAUUAAACUGUACUAUUGAUUUUAAUAGCAAGUUCAAACUCCAAUUUGUUGGGAAAUUCAUAUCUCAACAGGAGAAAGUUUUGGUGCUCCUGCA